GCAAUGGUGAGUGCGCUUAGCGGCUAUAUCAGGGAAAAUUAGAGAUUCAUUGUGAUGUAGCUCCAGGAGCAGAGUCGUCAACAACAGCAUAGCGCUAACCAGGCUUUAUAUGGUGGGUACGGUGCAUCCCAGUACACGGCUCCCCAAUAUGGAGCAUCGCGAUAUCCUCAAACGGUAUACCAGCAGCAGCCAAUUGUUGGUGCUAAUAUGCAGCGUAGGAGAGGGGGAGGCAUGGGAGGCAUGGCCCUUCCUCUGGUUGGCGGUCUGGCUGGCGGUCUCCUUCUUGGAGACUUGGUGGGCGGGGGAUUUAAUGACCAUGAUGACUCUGGUGGAGGUAAUGAUUUUGGCGGAGGCGGUGAUUUUGACGGAGGCGAUUUCGGUGGAGGCGACUUCUGAGUUCUUCCUAUGCGAUAUACUGUAUCCAUUAUUCCUACAUGUAGCGAUAGACGUUUUACUUUUCUUCGUCUUUUGACUUAUGUUGUAAUGACAUCUAUAUGUAACAACCGGAUGACCGAACUUGGAAUGACC